GCACAGGCAAAAUAUCCUCUACUGAUUGACCGAUCAACCAUGGAGAGAGACAGGAACAAGAUGGCCGACAGGAUAAUAAACCUCACCCUACAGAUACUCUUCCAGCUUACUGGAGAGGAUUACACAGUAGUGAAGAAGUCCUCUAGUGGGCGCUGUCGGGCCCCUGUGUGUCAAGGAUGGGGAAGAACCCUGAGCCCAAUCCCGGGGCCCCCACCUCACUCCCUGAUACAUGAGGAAAUGGAGGAACAGAAGAUCCUAGAACUGAUCAACAAGAUGAUGGAGCUGCUGACUGGAGAGGUUCCUAUAAGGUGUCAGGACGUGGCGGUGUAUUUCUCCAUGGAGGAGUGGGAGUAUGUAGAAGGACACAAGGAUCAGUACAAGGAUCAGGUCAUGAUGGAGGAUCAGCAGCCCCUCACGUCACCAGAUUCUUGUACCAGGAGAUCAGAGGAGAAUCUUAUAUCUUCAUAUUAUAAAGCAGAUGAUGAUAUCACACAAGAUACAUAUGAAGAACAUUCCAUUAUCCCAGAUACACCCUCAGCCCUUCACAGCCAAGAUCUCUCAUCUCAUCCUGUUAUACCCGUCCUGUCUUCUGAUCCAUCACAGACUGUUAAACAGAUUAAAAGCAACAGAUGGAAAGAGAAACCUAAAAGAGCUCACACAGGGGAGAAUCCAUUUUCAUGCCCAGAAUGUGGAAAAUGUUUUACUUUGAUAUCACGUCUUGUAAAACAUCAGAAAAUUCACAAAGACCAUAAGCCAUAUUUAUGUGCACAAUGUGGGAAAUGCUUUACUUGGAAAUCAAAACUUGUUGAACAUGAAAGAGCACACACAGGGGAGAAGCCAUUUUCAUGCUCAGAAUGUGGGAAAUGUUUUACUCAGAAAGCACAUCUUGUUGAACACCAGAAAAUUCAUAUAGGGGAGAAGCCAUUUUCAUGUUCAGAAUGUGGGAAAUGUUAUAUCUUGAAAACAGAUCUCGUGAGACAUCUGAGAAUUCACACAGGGGAGAAGCCAUUCUCAUGCCCAGAAUGUGGGAAAUGUUUUACCUGGAAGUCAGAUGUUGUGAGACAUCAGGUAAUUCACACAGGAGUGAAGCCAUUUCUAUGCCCAGAAUGUGGGAAAUCUUUUAUUCAAAAGUCAGAUCUUGUUAAACAUCAGAGAACUCACACAGGGGAGAAGCCAUUUUCAUGUCCAGAAUGUGGGAAAUGUUUUAAUAAAAAAUCUAAACUUGUCGAACAUCAAAAAAUCCACAAAGGGGAGAAACUGUUUUCAUGCCCCGAAUGUGACAAAUGUUUCACUCUGAGAUCUUACCUCGUUGGGCAUCAAAGAAUUCACACGGGGGAGAAGCCAUUUUCAUGUUCCAUAUGUGGAAAGUCAUUUAACCAAAAGUCAACUUUAACAGUGCAUCAAAGAACUCACACAAGAAAAAUAUGUCCGUGACCAGAGAAAUUUAAAACUACAAAUCAUCAGAUUGGAAUUUUAUUUAUUUUUUGAUUUUUUUGACUUUUUGGCAGUAUUUUUUAUUUAUUUAAGCGGUACUGUGCAUUUAAUAGGAAAUACCAGAUCUUGUCUUUUUGUAUCGGUGAUGAUAAAGAGAUGAGCUCCAGAAUGGACGAGUAGAUUACUGCUGGUUCGCAUCGAUUGCCUACAAACAUGUCUUGUUCAGUAUUAUUGAUUCUUUUUUAGACCCUCUUUGCGUAGGAAACUUCUGCUGUUCACUUAUAUUGAAAAUUGGUAAAUGAAGAAUUAUUCUUUUA